AUUUCUGUUUUACAUGUACUGGGCAAGUCAAAUUGAUCAAUUGAUACAGUGUAGGUGAUAGAUCGCCGAGAUUCACAUAUGGUACGUGUAUGCAUACCGGUACGACUGUACCGUACGAAGAGACCAAGCAUUCGGGGUGUUCUGAACGGUCCACUAUCCACGAUGCCACCCACGUACCGUGGAGUAUCUCUUCGUCACGGACAUACCGGUACCCUCAACCUUACCGUACGAACGUGGGAAGAUAGAUACCUCUUUGAUUCUUGCCAGGAAGCUGAACAGCCAGCGAGCUAAAUUUUCCAAUACCUGGUCUCUUCGGCUCUAGCUAGCUAGCUAGCUAGAUCUAAUGCCUGUCUUGUCUGUCCAUGGCACUUCAUGGGAUUGCUCAGUCAGCCGUCAGAGCCUCGCAUAAUGUAAGUUCCAAGAAAAGCAGAAAGCAAAAAGCAAGCCUUAGCUAGCUAGAGUACUAGCUACCGUAGCCAGAACUGGAUUGGAGAGUGAAGCACAGCACAACACUAGUAGUAUACCGUACCAUAUAUAGUUUCGAUGAGCUCCUCCCUUUUGGAUGCCCGUCAUUUCUCAGGUCGUUCGUUCUACAACGUUGCCUCUGUGGCCAUUGUGCUCUCUGCCUUUACCAAGUGUGUUUUGGACAUGGGCGGUUGGUUGCAUCAUGAUCAGCCCAGCAGUGCCGCCGUUGCCAUUGGAGUGACACUGGCGUCGUGUGUGCUUGCGGGAUUGCUCGCAUUGGCGCUACGGAAAUCGUACAAGUGGUACCUGAGACUGCGACGACGACUUGUAGUACUACUGCAAAGCUCACAGCUUAAGAUUGCCAACCGUAUAAGCAGUAGCAAGACAAAACAAGAGGAACCCACUAGGAAUGACAGAAUACGAACGAAGGAUAAUCAGGACUUGAUCAAGCCUGCACCUGCACCUGCAUUGCAAGCUCAAGCUACACCUGCAUUUCAAGCUGCAUUUCAAGCUGCAACUACCCCUGAACCUGAUGUUGAGGUUGAGCUGACUAAAACUAGUACUGGUAAAAUGGAAAAGAAGGAUAUCAAGAUGGAUAUUCCCUGGGCCACAGUCUUUGAGUUUUUGUACGGUGCGGAUAUUCAACGAGCCACCAUGGCAUCCAAGCACCACAAUCCAUGGAGAACCAAUGCCCUCACAUUUCAUGAUCAAGACGAACAGCAACAGGUAGUGGCAGCGCUCCAAAAUCGGCUACUCCAAGCCAAUCAUGCAGACUUUUACCGGUUCUACCACCACCAUCAUAAUCAUCACAAGUCACUGCCCAAAUUGUUGCAUUGUCUAGAUCACGGUCGCUACAUUCGAUGCGAUGGAUUUUAUUGCCAAAAGGAUACCCAGUUCCGAGGCUACCUUCGAUUCUAUCCAGAUGGAACCGUCAUUGGAGUACGGAGAACCGAGACACCCUCACAAAUGGCCCAAUGGCUCCACUCUUUUGAUGAUUCGGUCAAUGUACAAGAAGCAGGGGAGCAGCAACAGCAACCACAAGGCGUGGGAAGAGGGACCUAUCAAACCGAAUUCCUGCCACACACACACCAUGACUACCUGUUUCGAACGACCAUGACUAUAACCUUGAUGGGGAUUGCUACCUUUCACUGUGUCGGCCUUACGAAAUCAUCCAAUGGCGAUAUUGACCUCGAAUACACCAGCGAACUAUUCUUGGAUGGAAGUGUCAUUCAAGAAGAAUACACAUUCGUUCCCUUUCCCAGCAAACAGCAAAAACAGCUCAAGGUUGUGGACUAACAACUGUGUAAGCAACAAUUAGCCAAGCACUCUCAUGACAGACGUCAACUGAGAAUACGGCAGAAAUAAUGACAAUCAUGCAAGUGAAGCAAGGAGACCUUCCGUAGACAGUAAAGUUUUAAAAAGGAAGGGCCAACAAUUCACUCACAGCGGCAACUCAUCGAGCCUCAAGAGAUGCCUGCCUCGUUCUUUUUGUGGCAAGCCGAGCUCGUCGAUCAAUACUAUACAACCGAGCAAUGACUUUUUAUAAAAGUCAAGUUGGGGCUCUCUUUCUUGUGCGCACGUGUUUGGUACGACAAUCUGCUCCAGCUUCAUCAAGCGCAACCUUCUUGACCGGCACGCUAACGCAAGUCCCAAUUGGUUGACGCAGCAACAUGACACAUUCCAUGUCGUGGUCCACAUGUGCCAGCCAGAGCUACCGCACGAUCCGGUGGACGCGCUUGUACCAUACCAUACCAUACCAUACCAUACCAU